AUGUCUGGCAAACGACCAAAUCCGUCUCCUUCUGAUGGUUCGGCCAAGAAGAGGAACUCUAUCCCUUUAAAGCAGAAAAUUCAAAUUAUCAACCAGCAUGACGGGGGAAAAGCAAUCACGGCCAUCGCAUGUGACGAGCAUCUACCGCAGUCGACGGUGUACAGCAUCAUUAGGGACAAGGAAAAGAUAAUGGACAACGUAAAGGCAUUUGCUUCAGCUCCGUCCUCGAUUCCAACAAACAAGGGGACAGGGCCUUUUGAAGACCUGGAGCAGUUACUGGUCACGUGGAUGGAGGACCAGAUACUUAAGCAGAGGCCACUCUUGACCAUUCAAACAAAGAUUUACUUACUUUUCGAGGAACUAAGGAAAAAAUAUGAUGAUGCUGACAACAAAGAUUUUGUAGCAAGUCAUGAAUGGUCUCAAUGUUUCAAAAACUGCAAUCAUUUUCAUAGUGGAAAAAUGAGCGGUGAAGCAGCAAGCGCUGAUGUCAAAGCAGCCUCUAGAUUUAAGGAUGCUUUGCAUAAGAUCGUCGUCGAUCAAGGUUACCUGCCGGAGCAAAUCUUCAAUGUCGACGAAACAGGACUGUACUGGAAGCGGAUGACUGAACAGUCUUACAUCAGCAAAGAGGCAACAGCAAUGCCCGGGUUUAGGGCAUACAAAGAUCGACUGACUCUUCUGCUUGGGGGAAAUGUGGCUGGAUAUAAACUCAAACCAUUCAUGGUUUAUCACUCUGCAAAUCCAAAGGCUCUAGCAAGAAUCAGCAAAUACACACUCCCUGUGCAUUACCGGCAUCAUAAGAAAGCGUGGAUGACUGCACUGCUAUUUGAAGACUGGCUUGUGCACUGCUUUACCCCAGAAGCGAAAGAUUACUGUAGGGACAACAAUAUCCCGUUCAAAAUUCUGCUGAUUCUCGACAAUGCUCCCAGCCACCCUCAGCACAUAGGAGAUAUUAACGAGAACAUAAAUGUUGUGUUUCUCCCACCAAACACAAAUUCUCUCAUACAACCCAUGGAUCAGGGUGCUGUGUCUACAUUCAAGGCCCAUUAUCUUCAGAACACAUUUGGUCAGGCUGUCCAAGCUCUGAAUAAUGAGGAGAAAGAACUUAAAACUUUCUGGAAGGAAUUCAAUGUUCUGAAUGCUAUUAUGAACAUUGGAAGGGCGUGGCAGGAGGUAAAGAAAGAGUGUAUGAAUGGGAUUUGGAAAAAUGUGCUAAGAGUGUAUGUGAACACAUAUAAAGGUUUCGAUAAGGAUGAGGAAGUUAUGCAAAUAAUUAAAAAGAUUGUGACACUUGGGAGAAGUUUAGAGUUAAAACUUGAAGAGCAAGAUAUCCAAGAUCUGAUAGAUGUGAAAGACAGAGAACUCACAGAAGAAGAUUUAAUUGCACUAGCAGAAGAGGAAGAAGAAAUUGAAGAAGAGCCAGAACAAAAGUUUACAACGGAGACAAUGGCAGAGGCAUUCGCCUCAAUCGAACGUGGUAUGAAACUUUUUGGUCAAAUGGAUGUGAACUUGGAACGAUUUGCUAAAGUUGAGAGAGGACUUCAAGACUCUCUUGCAUGUUACAGAGUUAUUUAUGAAGAACGAGAAAAACGCACUGUGCAAGCUACAAUGGAUGUCUUCCUCAAGAAAACGACUCCAGUGCCAUCACAUUCCCCCACACCUUCCCCAACGCCCUCCCCCACGCCUUCCUCCACACCUGAGCCUCGACCCUCUACAUCACGUGACACGUCUAUCUUCGAAAUACCCGCAGUAACAGCUGACCUGACAGCUGAAGGAAUACAAGCUGAAGAGGAGCUAAUUGAUCUUGUUGCUUUAUCGUCCUCCCCUUCUGUUAAUUUUUAG